AUGGCCGACGAGUUAAACAUUAACGAGAAUAACAAGCGUCCUCUCGACAACGACAGCCCUGCUGUUGAAGAAGAUUCUGAUGAUGAUAUUGGACCCGUUUUUCCUCCUUCUUCCACUGAAGACGUACCCAAGAAGAAAAAGAGAACACUUGCUUAUGAAAAACUCUACUUGGAACACUUGCCCAAUGCUGACAUGUAUGAAAAAAGUUAUAUGCAUCGCGACGUACUCAACCAAGUGGCUGUGACAAAAAACGAUUUCAUUGUGACAACCUCUGUCGAUGGCCAUUUGAAAUUCUGGAAAAAGACAGCAUCAGGCAUCGAAUUUGUAAAGCACUAUAAAUCACACUUGUCGAGCAUUGUCGAUAUCAGUUUAUCUGCAGAUAACGAACUGCUAGCCACCAUUUCCGAUGAUAUGUCGCUCAAGGUGUACGAUAUCACUAACUUUGAUAUGAUCAAUAUGAUCAAGUUGAAAUACAAGCCCAAGGCUGUCUGCUGGAUUCAUCAAAAGGGGCAGGCACAGGCAUUAGUUGCAGUAUCUGAGGCUGGCAAUUCAAAUAUUCACAUUUACGACGGACGAUCAGAUGGAAUACCACUUCACACAUUAUCCAAAAUGCACUCAAAGCCAGUGCACUUGAUAGAGUUCAAUUCGAGAUUUGAUACAGUGGUUUCUGUGGACGCGUUGGGCAUGGUGGAGUACUGGUCACCAGAAGAACCAUUUGGAUUGCCAGACAACUUGGAUUUCGAGAUGAAAUCACAGACGGAUCUCUACGAAUUCAGAAAGAAAAAAUCAGUGCCUACUUGCUUGAAUUUCUCUGCUGAUGGGUUGAGUUUUGUCACUAUGAGCUUCCCUGAUCGUCAAGUGAGAUUGUUCAAAUUUUUAACAGGCAAAAUGUACAGAGAGUAUGACGAGAGUCUGCAUGUGAUUAGUGAAAUGCAACAGGCGGGAACCUCAAUUUUCAAGUUGGAUGAUAUGGAAUUUGGUAGACGUUUAGCUGUGGAGAAGGAAUUGGAAAAGUCGAACCAAGCAAGAUUUGUCAAUGCAGUGUUUGAUGAAACUGGAAACUUUAUUAUUUAUGGUGCAUUGCUCGGUAUUAAAGUUGUCAAUGUAAAGACCAACAAGGUGGCUCGAGUAAUUGGUAAAUCAGAAUCAAACCGCUUUGUCAAUGUUGGAUUAUAUCAAGGAGCACCCAAAAAGAAGGGCGUAUAUACUUUGGCUAUGGCUGCUUCUGACAACGCUGCCCUUAAAGAGAGCCAGGAACUGGAUCCUACGCUCUUCUGUACGGCAUUCAACAAAAACAGAUUCUACAUGAUGACCCGCAGAGAGCCAUUUGAUAAUGCUCAAAAGGGAGAGCGUGAUGUGUUCAAUGAAAAGCCCUCUCGCGAAGAGCAAACAGUGGCAGCUACUCAAGAGCGCAAACAAGUGCUUGGUACCUCUGCCAUCCUACGUACUACUUCAGGUGAUAUCCAUAUGCGUCUGUUCCCUGAUGCAGCACCUAAAGCUGUUGAAAACUUCGUGACGCACGCAAAGAAUGGGUACUAUGAUAACCUCAUCUUUCAUCGUAUCAUCAAGGGCUUUAUGAUUCAAACGGGUUGUCCGUUUGGUGAUGGUACAGGUGGUGAAUCCAUCUGGGGAGAUGAUUUCGAGGACGAAUUCUCUAGAGAGUUCAAGCAUGAUCGUCCUUAUACAGUGAGUAUGGCUAAUGCUGGCCCAAACACCAAUGGAAGUCAAUUCUUCAUCACUGUUGCUCCUGCUACAUGGUUGGAUAAUAAGCACUCUGUAUUUGGUAGAGUUACCGCUGGUAUGGAUGUGGUGCACGGUAUAGAAAACGCAAAGGUGGACAAGACGAACAAGCCUUACGACGAUAUCAAGAUUAUCAAUAUUGAAAUUCGAUAG